AUGAUAGCUAGAGGUGAGUUGGCAGACUACCUCAUGACGAAGGAGUAUGUAAAGCCCCGCGAGGUCUAUCCUUGCAAGGUAGAAAAUACGCAAGUAAAGGUCAUUCAUGCAAUACAUGGCAGAUCUGAAGAUGAUCAAGAGUCUGAGGGGGUAUACAGAUCCAGAUUGAGGGUAGCCCACAAGCUCAGAAAGAUAUCCUCAGUCAAUGCUAUCGCUUCGGGUAGCAUCAGUAUUGGAUUCGGCGAUGGCGACCUAUCCAGAGUUCAACUCCCCCACGAGGAUCCAUUAGUCAUCAGUCUUUUAGUGGCCAAUUGUAUGAUCAAGAGGGUUUUGAUAGACCCAGGGAGUAGUGCCAACAUCAUUACAAAGACGGUCUUUGAGCAGCUAGAGAUCCCGUCAUCAUCUAUUCGACCUACCUCUAGCCCAUCGAUGGGGUUCGAUGUCACAAGAGUAGAUCCUCUUGGGGUAAUAGACUUAUCCAUUAUUGCGGUAAAGAGGACUCUGAAGGAGAACUUUGUCUUAACAGAGAUCCAUCCUUCCUAA